GACAGACACAGAGGGAGAAAGAGAGUGGGCAAAUCCACGGCGCCAUGACGCACAGGUCAGCGCGUCUCCUGCAGUGAUGCUCCAUUGACUCAUUUAUCCGGAGCGAAGCAGCGGCUCAGGACACUCUCCUCCUGCCAUGGACUCUCUCGGCGGUCUCCUCUUGCGGAUAUCGGUUGUUCUGUUCGGCUCCUGCAGCGUUCUGGCGCUCCUACCGGGAAUCACGGAACCGGAGUUCAUCCGCAGGUGUGUGAAGGCGCACAACACGCACCGCGCGCGCGUCAGUCCACCUGCGGCCAGUGCGCGCUCCAUGUCCUGGGACAAAGAAUUGGCCAAAGGAGCAAGAGAGCGGGCGAGAAACUGCAAGGGUUCUCAUUACCCUAGUCUAGGACAUUUCGGGCACCCGCUGUUCGGAUGGAUGGGAGAGAACAUCUGGCUGGGGUCUCCGUUUUCAGCCUUCUCAGUAGAGAACGCAGUACACCGAUGGAGCAAAGAAGGAGCGUAUUCCCUCAAAAAUAACAACUGCUCGAGGAUGUGUGGACACUACGCACAGUUAAUGUGGUCUACAAGCUUCAAGAUGGGCUGUGCUGUAAAUGUGUGCUCCAAAGGAAUCGAAAACUUCUCCACCCACCCGGAGUCAACUAUUUUUGUGUGCAACUAUGGCGAUACAGGACACGUUCAUGGUGUAACUCCAUAUAUUGCAAUGGGCUGCAAUGGAUGUGGAUCAGAGAUCUGCAGAGACAACGUUUGUAGAUAUGAUUGGUUCCCUGGCUGGGAUUAUGGCCCGCCCUCUUCAGCCCACAGUGUUUCCUAUUGGCUGACUAAUCUUGGACUGUGUCUACUAGGAGUUUGCUGGCUACUGCACUUUUAUGCAACACAUUAAUGUCAGUCUGUGAACCUGUUACAUAACAUCUUUACAUCUUGC